UCCAAAAGGUUUUUGUUUCAAGUGUCUGUUUAUCUAAAUAUUAGAGUUUAUUUCAAUUGAAAAAAUAUGAGUGGGUUUUCAAGUAGAUGGGAAAAAAUUAAAGCUGCUUUGAAAAAAAGUGAAGAAAAAGAGUUGAAUGUUGCUAAUACGAGCGAUCCUUGCGGCAUGGUUAUUUCUAAGGAGAAUGGUAAGUUUUUCGGUUUAUUAUAUUUAGAAAGAUAGAUUGGUUAAAAUUUGUAUGUUAUUUUAGAUGAUGGUGAUGUUUACAUGAGGCUAGAGACCAACAGUAGUUUUACUGGGAUGCUUUUGAAUGAAAGUGUAGAAUAUACCCUAGAUUCAUAUGAGACGCCCUUUGUGCCAGAACUUGGCUAUAAUGAUCCCUGCUGCAGUAAUAAUACUGAACAAAACUUUGUAUCGGAAUAUCUUCAAAGCGCUCAGGAUGAACCAAUUAUUAUACAAGAAUUAACUUCAUCAUCUACGGUUGUUCAACCAACAAGCUGGUUAUCGGAAUAUGUUGAAAGCGCUGAGGAUGAACCAAAAACUAUUCAAGAAUUAACUUCUCCAUCAAUGUCUUUUCAACCAGAGCAACACAAAAAUUCAAACAGUACAGAUGGAAUAUUAUUUUCAGAAGAUCAAAAUUCAAAUUUACUGGUAAAACCUACAAAUGAAGAUGGUUCAGAUGAUGAGUUGAUAGAGGAUCCGCAUUACAUUCCUGAAAGCAAUACCGUUUUGAUGACAAAUGAAAAUACUACAAGAAAACGCAGAUUAGAGCGUAAAAGAUCACGUCAACAGCUGGAAAAACUACCGGACACAAGAAAGGCUAGAGAAUUAAGGAAAAAAAAUCGUAAUUCCGGUAAGUCAUAUGUUACAAAAAAAGGCAAAAUCAUUCCAGAAAGACCAUUUCAAACUCUGCCAUUAUGCCGAGCUAAAUGCAAAACAAAAAUCACUGAAAGUCAGCUGAAAGAAAUUUUUUCCGAAUAUUGGAGUUUAGGCAGUUACGACAAGAGAGCAGCUUAUAUAGCCAGUCUUUUCACCAUACAUGACAAAAAAUCACACAGGCCACGUACAGACGAUCCAGACAAAGAAAAAUAUCGCCUUAAAACCAACAAAUAUUUUUUACGAAUAAAUGGUAGCCAUAUUUCUGUUUGCCGUAAGUGCUUUCUUGUGACUUUCAAUGAAACAGACAAGUUCCUAAAAGUUAUCGCUUUAAAAAAAAGAGCAUCACCUGGGGAAACAAAGACUGAUUCUUUCCAAGGAAAGAAUAUUCCACUUAACAAGUGGUCUGAAAAAAAGUUAGAAGAAGCUAGUAAGCAUAUUCUGAGUUUCCCGAGUUACGAAAGCCACUACUCACGCGGCCAAACAAAUAAAAAGUUUCUACCAUCACAUCUGACCCUAGAAGCAAUGUGUUCACUGUACAAGGAGUCACACCAAAACCCUGUGUCGUAUCCGUAUUAUAGAACAGAAUUUCAUAAAUUAAAUCUAUCGUUUAAAAAGCCUCAAACUGAUACUUGUCAUAAAUGCGACAAGUUUGUUAUGGUACUGAAAUGCACCGAUGGAGCAGAUAAAGAAUCUGCAGCAAUAGAAAAGGAAAAUCAUAUAAUCUCUGCAGAACAGGCAUAUCAGGCUAAAAAACAAGACAAGCUUUUAGCUCAAAAGACUAAAGAAAUGAAAUGUUUUACUUUUGAUCUCCAGCAAUGUCUACCAACCCCUUUUUUAAAGUCUUCAGUCGCUUUUUACAAGCGACAGCUAUGGACAUUCAACCUCACUGUAAUGGAUGAAAAUGGGAAAUCAAAGCAUUUCAUGUGGCACGAAUGUACUGCAAAGCGAGGGGCCAAUGAGGUUGGAUCAUGCUUGUAUAAAGUGUGUCUAGAAUUGCCUCCUGAAGUUACCCAUGUUGUGCUUUAUUCCGAUACGUGUGGAGGGCAAAAUAAAAAUUCACACAUUUCAUCCAUGAUUAUGUCAAUAUUACAGAGGUCAGACGUAAACGUGCAAGUAGUUGAUCAUAAGUUUAUGGUACCUGGUCAUACCCACAUGGAGGUAGAUGUAGCACACUCGAUGAUCGAGAAAAAAAAAGAAAAGAUCGAAUAUAGAAAUUUUUCUUCCUCAUGA